CUGUAAUGUUUCACGAUUACUGUAACGGCCUCGCUGUAAUGUUUCAUGAUUACUGUAAUGGCCUUGCUGUAAUGUUUCACGAUUACUGUAAUGGCCUCGCUGUAAUGUUUCACGAUUACUGUAAUGGCCUCGCUGUAAUGUUUCACGAUUACUGUAACGGCCUCACUGUAAUGUUUCACCACUGAUGUAAUGGUUUCUCUGUAGCAGCAAUGUUUGGGUUCUGACUAGAGAUAGCGGGGGCUCUGGAAUGUGCGCCAUUCAAUGAGAGGUGUGUUGUUUCUUUCUUGUGGUUCUGAGAGAAGGUAUUCGCGGUCUUUUGUUGGCGAGGGAUGAAGAGAGGAGAUGUGAGGGGAGAGAGUUGGUACACCACCAGACGGUGUGGGCAUGGACCGAGGGUCCGACGGUCAGCCACACUCGGAGGAGGUCGAUAGGAAACGACUGAAUGAAUCCGUGAGCUCCAACGUGCAUGUUUGAUUAAAAUGGACCUUUUUCUUUUUAUUUUCUUUACUAACCCCUUAGUAAAUCAAGAAUUAUAAAGCUCAAUUGUUUCAUGGCAUAUUGUGCAUUGUUUGUUAUUUCAUGAUCUUGAUUUGUAACAGGAGACACAUCAGUCGGCAUCCGCCCAAACAAGAUUUCUCAAACUUGGUCGGGCCAGGGGUUGUCUCCCGCUAGAUUAAGCCUCUAGCCAAACCGAAAGUUACGCUUACAAGAAAGCAUUGCUAAAUGGCUCCUAACGGAAGCACAACUCACAUUUAAAAGAACAGUUGAAAUUGCUGUUAGGCAGACAAAAAUAAAUUAUCUGUAUAGCGAAGAGAAAAUGCUAAAAUUUCAAGAUGCAGUUUCAAGAAGAGCACUGGCAAAUUAAUUACAAUGGAAUUGGACACAGGCUCAGCUGCUCCUGUCAUUCUCCAAAUUAGUUUCAACGCUAAUUCAAAGAUAAUGAUCUGAAGCCUAAAAAUAUUUAAGAUGCACUCAGACCAAUGGUUUGAGAUGUGUCUAUUUUAAUGCAAAGAGAAUCAUGAACAAAGCGAAUGAGCUUAAAACGUGGAUCAGCACUUGGAAAUAUGAUGUGGUGGCCAUUACAGAGACUUGGAUGGCUCAGGGACAGGAAUGGUUACUUCGAGUGCCGGGUUUUAGAUGUUUCAGAAAGGACAGGGAGGGAGACAAAAGAGGUGGGGGCGUGGCCCUGUUGAUCAGAGAUAGUGUCACAGCUGCAGAAAAGGAGGAAGUUAUGGAAGGAUUGUCUACAGAGUCUCUGUGGGUGGAAAUUAGGAGCAGGAAGGGGUCAAAGACUCUACUGGGUGUUUUUUUUAUAGACCACCCAAUAGUAACAGGGACAUCGAGGAGCAGAUAGGGAGACAGAUUCUGGAAAGGAGUAAAAAUAACAGGGUUGUUGUGGUGGGAGAAUUCAAUUUCCCAAAUAUUGAGUGGCAUCGCCCUAGAGUGAGGGGUUUAGAUGGGGUGGAGUGUAUAUUAGGUGUGAGCCUGAUUGAAGUUUUUGAGGAUGUGACUAAGACAGACAGACGUACUUUAUUGAUCCCGAGGGAAACUGAGUUUCGUUACAGUCACACCAACCAAGAAUUGUGUAGAAAAAUAGCAAUAUAAAACCAUAAAUAACUAAAUAAAAAGUUAAUCAUGCCAAGUGGGAAUAAGUCCAGGACCAGCCUAUUGGCUCAGGGUGUCUGACAAUCUGAGGGAGGAGUUGUAAAGUUUGAUGGCCACAGGCAGGAAUGACUUCCUAUGAUGCUUAGUGUUGCAUCUCGGUGGAAUGAGUCUCUGGCUGAAUGUACUCCUGUGCCUAACCAGUACAUUAUGGAGUGGAUGGGAGACAUUGUCCAAGAUGGCAUGCAACUUGGACAGCAUCCUCUUUUCAGACACCACCAUCAGAGAGUCCAGUUCCACCCCCACAACAUCACUGGCCUUACAAAUGAGUUUGUUGAUUCUGUUGGUGUCUGCUACCCUCAGCCUGCUGCCCCAGCGCACAACAGCAAACAUGAUAGCACUAGCCUAUUGAUGAAGGUAGAGCAGUAGAUGUAGUGUGUAUGGAUUUCAGCAAGGCAUUUGAUAAGGUACCCCAUGCAAGGCUUAUUGAGAAAGUAAGGAGGCACGGGAUCCAAGGGGACAUUGCUUUGUGGAUCCAGAGCUGGCUUGCCCACAGAAGGCAAAGUGUGGUUGUAGACAGGUCAUAUUCUGCAUUAGGUGCUGUGUCUCACCGUGGCCGAUGUGAGAAGAACCCUGUGCAGGGUCAACCCACGGAAGGCUGCUGGACCAGACAACAUCCCUGGUAGAGUGCUCAGAGGAUGUGCAAACCAGCGAGCAGAUGUUCACACUGACAUCUUCAACAUCUCCCUGAGCAGCGACACUGUUCCAACUUGCUUCAAGGCCGCCACCAUCAUCCCCGUGCUGAAGAAGUCUUCAGUGUCCUGCCUCAAUGACCACCGUCCCGUUGCACUCACAUCCAUCAUCAUGAAGUGUUUGGAGAGGCUCGUCAUGAGGCGUAUCAAGACCCAGCUGCCCCCCUCACUGGACCCCCUGCAGUUUGCGUACCGUCCCAACCGCUCAGCAGACGACGCCAUUGCCAUCACCCUCCAUCUGGCCCUAACCCACCUGGACAAACAAGACACGUACGUUCAGAUGCUGUUUAUAGACUUCAGUUCAGCAUUCAACAGAAUCAUCCCUCAGAAGCUGAUUGGAAAGCUGAACCUACUGGGCCUGAACACCUCCCUCUGCAACUGGAUCCUAGACUUCCUGACUGGGAGACCUCAGUCAGUCUGGAUCGGAGGCAGCAUCUCUAACACCAUCACACUGAGCACGGGGGCUCCCGAGAGCUGUGUGCUCAGUCCACUGCUGUUCACUCUGCUGACCCAUGACUGUGCUGCAACACACAGCUCGAACUAUAUCAUCAAGUUCGCCGAUGAUACGACCGUGGUGGGUCUCAUCAGCAAGAACGACAAGUCAGCUUACAGAGAGAAGGUGCAGCGGCUAACGAACUGGUGCAGAGCCAACAACCUGUCUCUGAAUGUGAACAAAACAAAAGAGAUGAUUGUUGACUUCAGAGGGCACAGAGCGACCACUCCCCGCUGAACAUCGACGGCUCCUCAGUAGACAUUGUGAACAGCACCAAAUUUCUUGGUGUCAACCUGACAGAGAAUCUCACCUGGUCCCUCAACACCAGCUCCAUAACAAAGAAAGCCCAGCAGUGUCUCUACUUUCUGCGAAGGCUGAGGAAAGUCCAUCUCCCACCCCCCCCAUCCUCAUCACAUUCUACGGGGGUUGUAUUGAGAGCAUCCUGAGCAGCUGCAUCACUGCCUGGUUCAGAAAUUGCACCAUCUCGGAUUGCAAGACCUUGCAGCAGAUAGUGAGGUCAGCUGAGAAGAUCAUCAGGGUCUCUAUUCCCACCAUCACUGACAUUUACACCACACGCUGCAUCUGCAAAGCAAACAGCAUUAUGAAGGACCCCAUGCGCCCCUCAUACAAACUCUUCUCCCUCCUGCCAUCUGGGAAAAGGCUCCAAAGCAUUCAGGCUCUCAUGACCAGACUAUGUAACAGUUUCUUCCCCCAAGCUAUCAGACUCCUCAAUACCCAGAGUCUGGACUGACACCUUACUGCUCUAUUGUCUUGUUUAUUAUUUAUUGUAACGCCUGCACAGUU